ACAUAAACUUCUUUGUCAAAUUGUAAAACAUUCAGCAGUUUGCACUAGUCUAUCGUGCUGUCUGGGGAAGUUGUGAUUAAGGAUACAUAUACCGGUAGCUGAGGACAAGCCUUAAUUAAUGCAGACCCUAUAUGAAUGACAAAGGGGUACUCAAAUAUUGCAUAAUGGCUUAAAACCAGUGAAGGAGUACACGGGAACUUCAUUCACCUGCUAGAAACGAUUUUUGACAAAAACAAUGAGGUUUCCAGUUGAAGAUAUGUAUAGAGGGGCCAGCUAUAGUACUUUUAUCAUAAGGUAGACUGAAGUCUGACAUAUUUUCCAACUCCACCGUCAGAGAUAACUAGUUCCGAAUUUGUUGAUUUAUAACAAUCGUCUACAAUGACCACAGGCUGUUUUGGCUAGGUAUCGGAUGAGGUGGGAGGAAGUUUCCUUUGUGAGUAACUACUUUUUUUUAACUCUCUCUCUCUCUCUCUCUCGUGUAAUUUUAAAAUAAGAUAAACAAAGCGCUUAUUGCUUUAGAGAUAAGCAACAUAUACAACCGUAAAAUAUACGAAAACGUAGAAAAUCUUAUAUACAUGUAACGUCUUUCUGCGUAAUUAGUUUCUCCAAAAGCGAAAAAAAAAAUUCUGCAAGGUGAAGAGGUGUGGAAUCUAAUAAGUUUUAAUGAUAUCACGCGUCUACCAGUGCAGUGUGGCGAUGAAGCCCUGUUGAACUGAAGUGGUUGGACAUUUUUUAGUGUCACAUGAUGUCUGUACCAGUUUUCAUAAUACGACGGAAACUACAUAGUAAAACGGAAUGUGUUUGAUUUUUAUCGAGCGCUGUGGACACUUGAUAUGAUGCCGGAUAUUCAUAUUUCAUUGCUAAAUGAUGAUUUAUGGAGUGAAUCAGACCUGGAUCACAUAGAUGACCACGCAUGAGCUGUCGCAUUCGCAUCCGGCUCACGUCCUCGGUCGUCAUUUGCCUCGCUUUGAUUUACAUCGUGCUGUUUAAUGGUCUAGCCCUGUACAGUCUGACCAAAUCCACGUACACCCCGGCGUCUGUGCCUGUCAACAGAGGGCGUCUUUAUUUUGCAUACCUGGGAUUUAACACUUGGAAAUGUAAGAUUCCACAUUUUGCUAAACAACCACUGCCUCUCACUGCUUUGGCGAGUUUCCCCGGAUCCGGAAACACAUGGGUCCGCCAUAUCCUACAACAAGCUACAGGAAUCAACACCGGAAGUGUCUACAAAGACUAUAUUCUGAAGGUAGUUGGAUUCCCGGGAGAGGGCGUGGACAAUUCCUCGGUCCUAGUCAUAAAGACACAUGACUGGGGCAUAAAUGAAAGGAAAAGGUACCAGAGAGCCAUUCUUAUUCUCCGAAAUCCCAAAGAGGCACUUCUGGCCGAGUUCAACAGAAAAAAUGGUGGCCAUAUUGGUCAUGCAAAGACAGAACACUUUAAACAAAGCUGGAAGCCGUAUGUUAACGAGUCAGCGAGACAGUGGUUUGAAAUGGCCGAAGACUGGUUAAAUUUCACCGGUGAUUUACACAUUCUCAUAUACGAACGACUGAAAGCUGAUCCUGUCAACGAAAUCAAAAGUUUACUUAACUUUCUACAAAUACGCAUAUCACAAAAGGAAUUAAUGUGUGUCCUUGAGAAUAUGAAGGGACGUUUUAAACGACCUUCCAAGAACCUUACGAACUAUGACCCAUACUCUCACGAGAUGAGGAGUACGUUAUUGCAAUAUGAACAACAAAUUAAUAGAACGAUUGACAAGCGAUACCGCUAUACAACGAGAAGUCAUACUUAGUCUCUAUAUGGACAAAAUUAUUUACAUGUAUUUUGCAUUUUAUGUUUAUGUUUAGUUUAAGAAUGAAACUUUUACAAUGGUGUUCCCAGGGAAUUCAUUACAUGUGUUCCCAGGGAAUUUAUUACAAACGAUUCUUCCCAAAAGGUUUGAUGUAUCAUAAACCAUUCAUUAAU